GCCGAACCAAGAACAUCACCUUCAGGCCAGUCAACGUUGAAGAUGGCAACACAGAAUCACACACGCGAUUGCGUAUUCGCAAAUUGAAAUGAACGAACAACCCUUCCGAGCGGGUACACGACCGAUACUUCCCCGAGACUCCCACGGCUGCCCCCAAAUAGCGCCAAAGCACCACCUGCCCUCACAUUUCCCCCGGCAGCCCAGAGACAAACGCUGCACAAUCCACAAAUAUGCGCCAUUUCACUCGCCAGCCGAGAAAUGCCAACCAUCGCCAACAGGUUGGCAACUUUUGGCAGCUUUUAUCGACAGUUCAACACUGGUACCAAGCACCCGCCAAGUUGUAAUAUCGGUGUUGGCAUCCUCGCCACGGCCAGAUAAGCCCCCAACACCGUCCUCUUGGACGCCUUCCACCGGCCUUUCCACCUGCCAAAGGCACGGCCCCAAGAAUCCAUCCCAGAUCACACCAAGAGCACCAGACAGCACCAAGAACCCAGGGGCUGGACCGACCAUGGCACCGCACAACCGUCCAAAAUCACCACUAUGGACCUCGUUCGCAGACUCGGGUCCGCAGCUCCUGUCAAAAGUCCAUGGCGAACAUUUCGCCUAUCUCUUAGCUUCAAUCCGAUAUAUUCCAUCGGCCCUCUGGACCCUUAGGGGGUGUCGUUGUCUGGGCACGCCAGCCACGUCGUCAGGGUACGAGAGAGGCUGAUUUCCCCCGCACCUGGAUCACCGUCUAGCACACUCGCAGGCCGUCCCAGGUAGCACCCGACCUGCUGACUUAGGCCCAUCGAACACGCCAUGCCACACCGGUAACACCACCUCGUUCACCUCCCCUAUCCGUACUGAUCAACCAGCAUCGAACCGUCACCCGAACAGGAGCGCCACGCAUACCUGAAUUCC